CCGAAGCACGCUAGCUGCUGAAGGUCGACUUCGAGGAACGGAGUGAGCCUGCGGACGUGCAUGGGAUAUGUUUGGACUUGAGCAGGGCAACUAAGGCACAAGGCUGCCAGUGGCCAGCUUGCCAUUUGAUUUGGUAACUAAAUUUCUUCAGAUAAUCUGAAUGGAUAGUAUUAGAGCGACCAUUUCUAAUUUUUUUGGAGGCGAGUUAAGAUCAUAUACUCGUUUUAGUCUAACACGUCAAGCAGAUGGAGAUAUCAGCAGAGUUGAGAUGAAAUCAGCAGACGCCGAAAAUGAUGAGGAAAUGGGAGACGGAAUGCCAGAUGGCAUGCAGACUCUCAUUCGGAAACCUCACAAUAAGUGUAAAGGAAUCAUGAAAACUUUGAUGUUUGCUAUUUUCUUUCCUGUAAUAGGAUUUCUAGUUGGUUAUCUGGCAUUUCGUGGUCAAACAUCAAGAGCAUUGACUGCUGUAACAGUACCAUCUCCAGAACCAACUGUUGUGUAUGAUGAUGGUGACUAUUUAAAUAUGGACUAUGAAGAGGUUUCAGUACUCCAUUUCUCUGAUCUUCAGAAGAUACUACAAAACUCUCUGGCCAGCUCUGAUCUGGAGAGUAAAAUUCGCAAAAUAUCUGAAGAUGGCGAUCAUCAAACUGGUUCCAAUGGUGAUCUGACUAACACUAAAUAUGUCAGAGAAGAAUUCUCGAAGAUGCUUCAGCGGGAAAAUGUCUGGUUUGACACUCACUAUGUCACACUUCAGGUUAACAGCAAAUCUCCGAAUAGAGUCUGGAUUGUUGAUGGUGCAAAUGAGAGAGAAUUGGAGUUAGAAGAGAAAAAUUCAAAUGUAUAUUGUCCAUACAGUGCAAAUGGUACAUUCACGGGCAAACUGGUAUAUGCCAACUAUGGAACGGAAGAUGACUUUAAAGAAUUGCAGAAGCAAGUGAAUGUCAAUGGCACUGUUGUCAUCGUCCGCGUAGGGAAGAUCAGUUUUGCUGAGAAGGUUUUUAAUGCUGAGAAGAUGAAAGCUGGAGGUGUUCUGAUCUAUCCUGAUAGCAGAGAUUAUCAGCUGGAUGGAGAUGUGGCUAUGUUUGGACAUGUUCAUAUGGGCUUGGGUGAUCCUCGGACUCCUGGAUUUCCAUCAUUCAACCAUACGCAGUUCCCUCCAACCAGAUCAUCAGGACUUCCUGGGAUUUUGGCUCAUUCAAUCAGUGCCAACGUUGCCUCUCAUCUUCUCCACCAGCUUGGCGGUGCCGAUGCUCCAGCUAGUUGGCAGGGUAUUGGAACCAAACUUGGACCAGGAUUUGCUGCGAAUGAUGGACAAGUAAAGCUAGAAAUAAAUAAUGUUGAAGAAAUGAGAGAGAUGCAUAAUGUAUUUGGUGUCAUUAAGGGUAACGAAGAAAUGGAUCAUUAUGUUGUGAUUGGUGCUCAGCGUGACUCCUAUGGCCCUGGUGCAGCAGAAUCUGGAGUUGGAACUGCUUUACUGUUGGAGUUGGCAAGAGUCUUUUCCAAGAUGGUUGAAGAUGGAUUCAGACCUAGACGAAGUAUAGUUUUUGCAAGCUGGAGCGGUGGUGAUUUUGGAGCAAUUGGAGCAACGGAAUGGCUGGAGGGAUACAUGUCUGUGUUGCAUUUGAAGAUUUGUGCCUACAUUAGUCUUGACAAGGCAGUGUCUGGAGGAAAUGACUUUAAAAUGUUUGGCAGUUCCAUGAUGCACGCUGUAAUCCGAGACUCUAUUGCUAUGGUAAAGAGCCCCUUAUUUUCAGAGACCAUUUUGAAAAAAGCUCAAGCAAGUAAUAGAAUUUGGGAGGAAGCAGUUUUGACACCAAUUCCUGUGGAUUCCAGUGUUUAUGCAUUCUUGGCAAUUGGUGGAAUCCCAACUGUUGGACUCAGUUUUGUCAAGAACGAUAAUUAUCCAUACAAUACAGACGUGGAUACAGUGGAUACCCUCUUGAAGUUCACUGACAAUAAACUAGAGGCUGUAGGUCGUGCCAUGGCUGAAGUAGUUGGAAUUACAGUAAUUAAAUUAAUUAUUCACCAUCACCUUCCACUUGAUUACUCUAAAUAUGCUAAUGAGAUGGUUGACCACAUCAAUAAAAUUCGAAACUACGCAUCAUUACUGGAGGAACGUGGAUUGACUACGCAGUGGCUGUUUUCAGCACGUGGGGCCUACUACCGUGCUGCGCAUUCUCUGUCUUCUGAAAUCGAUAGUUCUGAUCUGAAUGAUGUUUUGCUCUGCAGAGCCUACAACAAUCGGAUUAUGAGGGUGGAGUACCACUUCCUUUCUCCUUAUGUGUCUAUAACUAGUUGCCCAUAUAGACACCUGCUUUAUGGCAGAGGACACCACACUCUUAGUGGUAUUCUGGAUCAGCUGAUGCUUCUGGAGAAGAUGCCAGACCUUGUUGAUUUCAAUGUGACUCGUAACGACUUGGCAUAUGCUACCUGGACAAUCCAGGGAGCAGCUAAUGCACUUGCUGGAGAAGUAUGGACAAGCAGCAAUGACUACUGAUCUGUGACUUCAAAGGCAUUUAUGAUGGUUUGUCUGUAGGCAUAACAUUCACUCAGAUGCUGAGACAUUAUUGCCUUUGAUACUUGUGGAAUUUAUAAAAUAAGUAUUGAUUAGAAACAAAAUGCAGGAUACUCUCAGCAGAUUAGGUAGUAAAUAUGGAAAAAGAACUACCAACAUUUUAGUUUAAGGACCCUCAUCAAAUUCAUUUAAUUUUCAUUGAUUAGAAACAUUUUGUUAUGCAAAAUUGGAGCUGCAAAAGGUAUUUUUUAUUAGAGGCAAAAGUAUAAAGUUGAAGAGCAAACUUUCUGCAGUACAAGUGAAGAGGCAAUAAUAACUCAGCUUUGUUGUUUGUAACCUCCCACACUUGCUUUACACCUGCUGUAAGCCAUUUUCACAUUAGCCUUUAGAGGGAUGCUUGCAUUGUGAACAGACCUUGUACUUGCAUCACUUUCUCAACACUUAUAAAUUACAAGGGCAAUAGACUGAAUGCUUGGAACAUGGUCUCUCACCAGAUCUUUCUAGCAGCUAGUGUUGGCAAAUUUACAACUUACAUUGGUGUGUUGCAAGAACUGCACCUUGGGAAUCCAGUGAAGCAAGUACUACUUGGGCUAAUGAAAAAGUAGCUUUGCAGUAUAUCCCUCUAAGUGGCUGAUUUGGUGCUGAUUUUCCAUUGUGUAGUGAUGAGCAAAGGAAUACUUAAAAAUUGAAGCAAAUUAUUGGCAAUGCUUGAUAGAAUGGUUUGUGGGGAGUUUAAUGAAUGGUUAACCAUUCAUGAUGGAAAAAAAAGACAAAAAAUGAGUUGAGGCAUGUAAAUUGCAUGGGUUGGAUUGGAGAUACGGUGGAGGUGGUGAAAACAAUUUGAGAUAAGGGCAUAUUACCAGCCAAACUAGGGAUUUACUUCUGUAGUGUUGCACUAUAGUGUGAUAAAACUGUUCCUCGAGGCUAAUUGCAAAUUGAGUCAUUCGAUGCAGGAUAUCAUUGAAGCUAAUGAAAAACAAAAACUGCAGAUGCUGGAAUCUGAAACUAAAACAGAAAUGCUAGAAGAACCCAGCCAGUGAAUGUAACUUCUUUCACCAUUGGAGCACAGAAGCUGCAAGAAUUGAUACGGGCUUUUUCAGAUUAAUUUACCGUGGUACAGAAAAUGCAUUAGCUGUGCAUCAGGCAAUUUCCAUAAUGUUUCCUAAGGGGUGCAGAUUUGUUUGCAGCAGUGGAGGAUUAGAGGGGAAAUGAAGCAAGGAGUGAGAAUUGGUAGAUUGAAUAAGUGCUAAGAGUUGGUGGCAUUGGGGGGUGGAUGUAAACUACUAUUAAUGAUAAGAUGCUUCUGACAUUGGAAAUUUGGAAAAAGAAGAGUAAUGUAGCUUUAAAAACAUGCAAUCUAUUAGGACAGUACUUAAAAUCUACUGGAGAGUAUUUUCUCUAACUGCUUCAUUGAUAAAAUUAAUAAAUUGGAUUAUUCAUACAGUGCGGAUGUUUAUGUAGUGAAAGUAACUGGGAAACUUGAUAAAGAGAUUAGCAAUGUUACUGAGUGAUUGGGAGGACUGAAAUGAGUGAAGAAAAAAUGCAUCACCAGAUCCUGAUGAUGGAAAUUUAAUUUCUAAUAUUGUAUUGUUAAGAGUCAAACACAUCAAAUUUGAACAGUAAUUGUAUAUAAUAUUGCACUUGGAAGUGCUUGGGUGAAUGAAAAAUAACAUUUAUUGGGAAGGGGUUGAGGUAAUUGUUUUUUGCUUCUGGGAUUAAAUGUGAGGAGCAAUCAUUGUUAAGAUUGGAAUCUUGAGUUUGUCACAAUUAACGUGUCACUCUUAACGAGAACACGUGCAGUGAUCGCCCCAACUCCUCUGUAGUUGGCUUUUCUAAUCUAGAGUUUUUAUAUUACACUCCAAAAAUGUAUAUGCCUUUUAAUUCUGUAACUAUGGUACGAUUCAAUAGUUUUUGCAGCUAUUGGAUAUUUAGGUGAGGGGCUACAUACCUGAUUUAGUUGUGCAUCUCCUGACCCAAUUGAGAAUUGUUUAAUCUAGCCCAAGAAUUUUGAAUUGCCAAGAACAGAACCUCAAUUUCCUUGUUUAUUAGCUUGGACUUCAAAAUUAUACUCAAAAUACAAUUGAUGGAACUUGUUUUCUGACUAGAAUUUGUUUUAGAAAUUUUGUCAAGUUUACAUUGAUUUUAAGCUGUUAACAAAUUGUUUGACAUUAGUUACAGUACACCAGCAGUCCUUAUUUUUAUCACAAUUUCCAAAUGAUGGGUAAACCUUUGUUCAUCACUUCUUUUCCAUUGUUAAUUGUUAAAAUGUGCUGUGAAAGGUGUUGUAAAAUGGAUUAAGACUUCUGUCCCAUGCAAAAAUACAUUCUAUUCUCAAAUUUUAGAGGAUACUUUGGGUCAUUUACUGUAGCAAGAUACUAGAUAUAAAGGAUAAUUUGUCAAAGUACAACAUUUGUUGAAGAGCUUAAAUGCAUUUUAAUUGGUACAGUUAGUUUACCUCUUGAGAGUCUGAAUUUUGUAUGGGGCUUGCUGAUGUCUUCAAAACACAGAACUUUGGUGUGGGGAAAAAAAUGUCAAACUUGGCCUAGUUAUCUUAAUCCAUUUAACACCUAUUUGGGUAUUUCACUGUUGCCUGUCUAUCAAAGUAGACUUUUGACCAAAGUGACGGGGCUCGGUGCUUGUAGUUAUAACUUUUUCAAAAUGAUACAUCUAAGAUACAUCCCCAGUUAGGGGAGAGAAAAUCUUAGAUGAUAAAAUUGGCAGUAAAGUGGCCAUGUAACCAUCAGCCAUUUAUUACACAGGUUCUAGAUGUCUGGCACUUGAAGUAACCGCUGAACCCAAUUGUAAUGUCAUUUUAUUUCCACCAGUCAGCACUGAGAUGUUUAUUUUAUUUAUCAGUGACAGAGUUCACUAUAAAUAGUGUGUUUUAUCUUUUUUAAAAUAAGAUAAUUAUCGGAAGCAGUGCCUUCCAUAAUUAUGACGGUUAUACUGUCGUCAACCAGAAAGCAGCAUCUGCUACUAAGAAAUGAAAGCCUAUGACAUUUCUACAAGUUUUAAAACCUCAUUAUCGGGAGCAGUGUCUUCCAUAAUGUCAUAAAAUAAGGUAGUUUUUGCCUACCAAGGUGUAUAUCGGAAGCAGUGUCUUCCAUAUGUUUCACUAAGGUGUAUAAGAAUUAUAGGGAAAUGAGAUUCCCGUAAUUUAACUUUUAUUUGAAUAGUGGUAGGGGCCAUUGUGUGCUUUUGAUCAAUUGCAAUAUGUUUUAUUUGCUUAUGUGUAUUGUAGCUUGUGGUUUGUGUGCUUGUAUCAGGGUCCUCAGUGCCUUGAGAAUAUUUUAAAACAUGUAGCCCCCUUUCUAAUUUUCACUUGGAUAAAUGGAAGCGAGAAAAGAAAUGUAGUGAUCAGUAAGUGGGCAAUAGAAAAUAUAAUUGAAAUCUUUAUAAAUGACUGCUACUUCAUUUGAUUCAUUAUUUGUUGUGAAAACACUAGCAACUGGAAGAGUCAUUUUUGAAGUUCCGCACUGAAUAACUGGGAUUCAAACCCAAACUUGUGUCAGGUGACUAUUGAAGAUGAGUGAGUGGGAUAUUAUAGUUCAAUUUGCUUCCAGUGUUGAAAGUUUUGAACCAAGUCAACCUUCUAUAGUUGGCUCUGUAACUCAAUACUUGAAUAGUAUAGGUCUGUCUUCAAUAAUGGGAAAUGCUCGGCAGGUCAGGCAACAUCUCCAAGAAAAAUGGAUAUUUUGGGUUGAUGACCUUUCAUUGGGAUCUGCAGUAGGUUGAUCCACCAUUUAGUUGAUUGACCAAAUGGUUUACAAAUGUGGCUUGAAUGUUGACCAGUCUCUAGAAACCCAUUCUUUUCUAUAUCGCACUGUGAGCUGUGUCCUAAUAAAUAAUCCUGGACGAUAAAGCAAUAGAAAACUUACCUUUUUGAUCCACACUGAAACUGCGUUUUAGAUGCCUAAACCCUCACAGUGUCACUGCACACACUUGGUAUUCCACAAAUUUGGGUCUGAUAAUCUGUACCUAAAUACUUGUGCUUUGGCAAGCAUUGGUGUGUUUGGUGUAGAUGUAGACUGAAUAGCCUCCUAUGACAUGGAAGUCUGGACAUGGUGACAUAGCCUUUCUAGAGUAUGUACACACACCUCUUGGAGGCGCUAUUGCACUUUAUCAACAUAAUGGUUGGACAUAACAUCUGGUCCAGUUUCUCCCAUUCUUCUGGGAUAACAACAGUCUGUUCAGCUGCCAAAAAAAGUUUUAUGUCAAUAAAACUUUAAUCAUUGUUUAGAGAUUGCCCAUUUACUGAGAUUUGAAAUCCAUUUAUUAUUGGAGUUUGGGUGUCUGUUAUCUUUCAAAUUUCUUUAUAUAAAUGAAUUUCUGAAAUAGGGUUGGAGGUUCUCUGAUUGUUAAGUCCAGCAAACAGUGUUUCGUGAAAAAUAUUUGAAAUAUUCAUUUGUUCUUUUUUUCCCUAAUUUGAAUCUGUACCUAGAACAGGAAAGGGGAUGUUUUGAUUUAUCAAGCAAGUCUAAAACAUUGAAUAAAUGAUUCCUGAGGAUGUACGUUUAAAAGACUAAAGAGAAAAUCUCCACUCAUAAAUUUGAUAUUUCUUUAGCUUCAGUAAUGUUUAUCCAAAAGCACAGAUAAAUGAUUUUCCAGUGAUCUUAGUAAUGUUAAUUAAUCUGUGGGCUAUUUUGUUUGUAUUGCCUUUUUCCACCAAGCCACCUGAUACUGGAUAGGCCUGGCUUUAAUUAUGCUCUUAUUGCACUGUAGUCUGAAAACUUAAUUGUCUCUUGCUCUUUUUAUGCAUGGCACUUGUAUUUUACGCAAAGUCACUUGCAUUGUCUUUUCCCAGAGAUUGCCUAGAUUUAAAAUUUAUCUGCUUUGUGAAUGUUUCAAAUAAAUCUUAAAAGUAUUA